ACCGCCAGUGGAACUCCAUCUAAGGAACGAGCACACUCCUAGUCUGCUUCCACAGACCAACAAGCACACAACCCAUUCGACAUGGCUGACCAACUAACAGAGGAGCAGAUUGCAGAGUUCAAGGAGGCUUUCUCCUUAUUUGACAAGGAUGGCGACGGAACCAUUACCACCAAAGAGCUGGGCACCGUCAUGAGAUCGCUGGGCCAGAACCCCACAGAGGCCGAGCUGCAGGACAUGAUCAACGAGGUGGAUGCUGACGGCAACGGAACCAUCGACUUCCCUGAGUUCCUGACCAUGAUGGCCAGAAAAAUGAAGGACACAGACAGCGAGGAGGAGAUCCGCGAGGCUUUCCGGGUAUUCGACAAGGACGGGAACGGCUACAUCAGCGCCGCAGAGCUGCGCCACGUCAUGACGAACCUCGGGGAGAAGCUAACAGACGAGGAGGUGGACGAGAUGAUCAGAGAAGCAGACAUCGACGGAGACGGACAGGUCAACUAUGAAGAGUUUGUACAGAUGAUGACCGCAAAGUGAAGCUUGCCCGCCCCGUCCUGACCCCCCUCACCCUCCCCUCUUAGAAGAAAACAAAACAAAAAAAAAACAGGAAAAAAAUGUUUUACUUACCUCUUGGAAGAAAAUGUUCAUUUAUUCAUACUGUUUCUGUAUAGAAAAUAAUUGAAUGUUGACUUAAAAUAUCCUUCUGUCCACACAGGAAAAAUAUGUAAAAAAAAAAAAAAAAAAUACAAAAAAUGCAUGAAAAUGAUGGUUAGUGAUUCUGCACCCUCUCUCCCGUCCCCCCCUUCCCCCCCAACAUGAAGAUCAGUUUAGCAUCAGUACGAGUAAAAACAAUAACAAACCCUGUAACUACGACCUUCAGACUAAAUUUAAAGCAUCAGGCCAACUCCUCCCAGCUCCAUAUGCUCGUGGUAACCGUCUGGGCUGGCCAUCUCUCUUCUUCUUCUUCUCUCUCUGUUUUCUGUUCUUCAUGCAUGCAGCUUGAGACCGGAGCACUAACCUCCACCCAACCAACUCAUCAGUCCCCCCUCCGGACUACCAGAGCGUGCUGAUUCCACUAUAAGCUGUCCUCUUGUUGGUUUGGUACAGUUUUUUUUAUUAUUAUUUUGUAUUCGCAGAGGAACCCUGUACUGUUAGUUGAGAGAAUAUACCAGGUUCUAACUUAAAAGCAUUAAA